AUGACGGCGCCUUCGAAGAGCAAGCCAAAUAUACCGCAGCAAUCACAGGGGUCUGCAGUGCUAAGAAUUCAAGGCCGAAAGCAGCCUCAAGGUGUGCGAAAGGCACGACCACGAGGAGGAGUUCCCCGCCGGAGUGCACGCCUAAAAGAGAUAUAUCAUUGUCGGAGGAAAACUGUAUUGGACAGCAGAACCGCCGUCCAAGGCCACCUUUGCGCAAAUCCCAAGAAACAGAAGCAAUCACAGGAAGCUGAGGACUCGCCCUGCCUUCCAGCCGAAUUUUUUCAAAAGCGACCGCAAAUAUCUCUUGCAUGCCCCACUGAUGCGAGGUUGCCCCUGGAGGAGGAUACUCCCGCUCAGGAGGCUACAGAAUACAGAGAUAAGAUUAACUUGAUCGACUGCUGGAGGAAGAAAGGUGCCUGGCCGAGAGAAUACUUUGAACAGAAUUGUGACAUGAGUCAACUACUUGCAAGAAAGAAGUCAACAGCUUCACUUUGUCACAAACGAUUGAAAUCUUCUCUCACCAGCUCUGCUACCCCUAGUGACCAGAAACCAAGAGAGGAAAAGAGCGCUCAAUACAAGGACCCACGCUAUGAAAUCCUGCUAGAAACUAAAGGCAGCUAUAUGAGUGAAUCAAAGCAGGGUAUCACAGAACUCAGCAAAAGUUGUUGCCAAACCUUACUCAAUUCGGCACAAAAGAUUCCUGAAGACUCAUUGUUCCGUGAUGAUCUGUUCAAAGCAACCUGUGAGAAGGUGCGACGGCGAAAUGAGGCCAUUGUUAUCCAAGAUAUCACUCGAUUGAUUGUCCCCUCUGCGGAAAAUCUAGCUAUAUAUGGUGCGACGCAUCUCAAUCAUCUGGUCGAAAGUGUCAAUGAAGGCUGGGAUAAUUCAAUCCCUGUUACCAAAACUCGACCGCAGCCCGAUUAUUCCGUGGGAUUUAAAAGAGACGCAUUCACAGAUGACCAGCUGCUGAGGCUUCGGGAUUUUGUUGGUGAGCUGACUGACUCAUCAUACUUUAUGGCGACGUACUACCUAUACUUCCCAUUCUUAACAUGUGAAGUUAAGUGUGGUGCAGCAUCACUUGACAUCGCAGAUCGGCAGAAUGCCCACAGUGCCACUAUUGCAAUGAGAGCUAUCGUUGAGCUAUUCAAGCUUGUGAAGCGUGAAAAGGAGGUUGACCGAGAGAUACUCGCCUUCUCAAUCUCGCAUGAUCACACAGCAGUGAGGAUCUAUGGUCACUAUGCUGUUCUUGAAGGAGAGAAGACAAGUUUUUACCGCCACCCAAUCCACAAGUUCGAUUUCACUGCUCUGGAUGGCAAAGAGAAAUGGACGGCAUACAAGUUCACAAGGAAUGUUUAUGAUAUAUGGAUGCCAACUCAUUUUAAAAGAAUAUGCUUAGCGAUUGACCAGAUCCCCCCUGAUUUGGAUUUUGAGAUUUCGCAGUCUGAACUUUAA